CGUCAACAAAGCCGACUUUUUGCAUCCCCAACUUCAGGUAAUGCAUCGCAUGCCACUGUCGCCCUCCUGACGCUUGCUGCAAUGGUGCCGGUGGCCGAUCGCAUUUAUUUCCCCUCCCUGGAAGAAUGCCUGACUGGGGAGCGGGUGCUUCUAUCAUGGAAGCUCAUCGCAACUGCAUUAUCCGAUGCCUCUGGCCAACGAACCACGAGCUCGGCCGUCAUCGAAUUUCUUAGCGACGACUAUGUUCACGGUCUUUUGAACGAUCCUACCACCACCUUCGCCCCCCCAAACGAAGACAGCAGGAAAAGCUUCGAGACGAAAACUGCCCCCAUUAACGUGCCCUCGGGCCCCGACGGUCGAUUUGAUGUCGAGACGAUCAAGAAGGACGCUGAGUGGCUGAGCAAGAACGCCAAGAUCAACCUCGUUGCCGCGCUGCGAACAGUCGUGGUCGAAUACCAGUCUCGCCCUGCCCGUCACUUAACAGGCCCUUUGUCCUCUCAAGAUGCUACGAAUCUGCAGGAGGCGGCUGGUCUCAACAAUGGCCAAGGCUCGGCCUUUUUAUCGGACCUGGGAGCUUCAGCCGCCCUUGACGCUGAGGAGAUCUGGAGCGAGUUUGAGAAGCCAGAGACCAGACAGCGACGUCUCUUUGACAUUUACCUUACCGAACGACGCUAUUUCAUGAUGGCUGCCGACUAUGCCAACUCCAUCAAACUCUACGAACGGUUGCCAACCUUCGCCCAUGUCGACCUCGACCUGGCCAAGACGUACGGAUUGAAGCUGGCCGCCCGAGACGAUGCGGAGCCUCUGCUCCCAGCGUACCUCCAGGUCCUGACCGACUCCAUGAGCCACAUCGAGUCCGGACUCAAAUCAGUGACGGAUGAGAAAUGGGUGACUGAGGAUGUGGAGCUGGACUGGCUGAGAACUCUUCUCACGGAAGCUCUUCAUGCAUUGUCGGUCGUGUUCCAGAUCGUGGAUAGCUUUGGUGAUGACUUUGCCCCAUCCAGUUCUGUCAGCCAAUGGUUCACUCUCAUGGAGAUGUACAACUUCUUCGAUGCUGUCCAACCGAUCCACGAAAAUAUCGCCCCCUUGGUCUUGCCCCUUAAGACUCUGUCAGCAGCGAUAUCCUUAAUAUUGUUGAAACCGGCCCGGUCUUUGACCUACCUCUCAGAGAGAGAAGAGGACGCGACACAAGCCGAUGCCUCGUACGAUACCUACUUGCUAUCAUCCGAGGUUCUCGAGAAGGUCCACCAGAGCAUUCUCAAGGCGGCAGAGUAUGACUGCGAAAGCGCAACUCCGGUAAUCUUUGCUUGGACUUUGCUACUUCAUCGCAUGAAUGUUUCCUACCAAGCCAGGUCAGAGAAGCGGGAUAAUUUGCUACAACAGAAUGCCCGAGAAACCUUCGAGACUGGAGGCGUGUCACGAUCAGCCGCGAGACGCAACUCUGCUGGUAGCAUAUUUUCUAUCGAGUCCUCGAAGUUUGACGGGUUUCUCGAGAACUAUACCGCAUCAAAGGAUCUUGUUGUAGUGGAACAACUUGCUUCAGCAGUCACCGCCCACGGUCGAGUUUUCGACGUCAUUUCUAAUAUGGCAACAGGACUGGGACCCUCAGACGAGGGAAGCAUGACACCUUUGCUAAGCUCGCGCAUCCGGAACGUCUUUCUUGAGCUCCUGAAGGUCUCCUACCCACUCGUGGGCUACCAAUCUGAGCCCGUAAGCUCCUUGUCAUCAGUUUUGUCAGCUGGACGGAGCUACUGGGAUCUGUCCUCCCACGAAAACCUCACAGAAAAGCAGGAUGUUAUCGCAUCCAUGGUGCACGAUGACCAUGCUUUAGAAUUCUUCUUCCAGCAAGCACUCGACCGAUACCCCUACGAAUUUCUCCCCUUCGUUAGCCUUUGUAGGACCCUGGCUAGCGCAACAAGUCUGCACGACAGUGACCGGUCUGAAAUGAUCCUCAACUUUCUCCGGUCAACGCCAUCAUUGACGUUCACGCUUCCCGAUUACUUCCAGGAAUACGAGCUCGUUCAAGAAGACGAGAACACAAAUACCUUUUGUCUUCUCCAAGAUGUCCCUCUCAUCUCCCUCUCGCCAUCCUGGAGAGGACGACGCAUUGAGGACGACGCAUACCGGAUACCUGCAGGAACAUACGGACGCUUUGUCACGGACACAGGCCGCGUUGUCUUGAUGGAAUACCCCCACUCAACCAUCUCACUCCUUGGUCGACGACUCGAGAUCAACCUGAUGAAGGAAGGCUAUCAGUCCGAACUUGGAAUGCUUCAGCCGGAUGAAACUGCCGAGGUCAUCUCUCUAUUUGCAACACUCAUUCGGAUGGACUACCUGAAGGCCAAGAGGGAAGGGUCAAGUACCUCACUUGUGCACGCCAACAGCGACAUCCUGCUCGAAGCCAAAAAGCACAUCGAUGUGGGUGGCGGUAGGGAUCUUGUUACCGUGGUUUGCGAAACCAUGGAUUACUACAUGCAAGUUGAACUCGCUGCGAGCGAGGAGGAUGUUGUAGCGGUCCUCAACUCCUGCAUCCAAUUCUUGGACGCAAUCCUGCCGAUCUGUCCUAGCCGAGUAUGGUCCUACUUGGCCCGGUGCGAGUUGUUGAAUUCUGAAUCAAGAGCAGGCAAGCUCACCAAGAUCACCGGGAGCCUUGACCUGGUCUCGGGACGAUACGAGUUUUUGAGUUCUUGUCUUCGCCUAUUCUCCAACCUCAUUGACACGGCAAUGACAUCUGCGGUGCAACGCAGAGCUGGUGACCAAGCAAUCGGCCGAAAGAAGUCAGAUCCUAAUCCUUGGCUGGGAACCGCCGACAAGGUCUUGUCGAGUGUUAGUUUCUCCAUUGCUCAGGCCGGUGUGGACAUAUUCGAGAACACGUCAACUUGGAGAUUCACAUCUGAUGCAUAUCGUUCGUCGCUCCUUCGAGACGUUGUUCCGGUUCUCCACAAGGUGAUACUGUAUAGCUACAGUAUGGGUGACUCUCCCAGUUCGGAGAACCUGACCUCUUGCCUCCGACCUGCUGCAGCAUAUGUCAUUGAUUGCUUUAUCUCGCCCGCAACUGGGUCCUUGAGGUUCCAGCCACUCCUGACCUCCUUCAUUACGGCGUUCACAUCGACAGACAGUACAUUAUACCCCAGGCGUCUCGAGACAAUCCAGAGUCAGCUGAGUUCAGUCCUCGAAUUUUCGACGACGCUCUUGCGGGUUGCCAACUACUUGGAUAAAUCCUCGAGUAUGAUUGAGACAUACUUGUUCAAGAGCUCUACCUUGCUUGCGCGACUAUGCGCGGUCUCUGACCACUUCCGCAAGCCCACUACGUGGCUGUUGGAGUCGCUUGUGGUCAAUGCCGGAAAGGCUACUGGCGAACCUCCCUCAUUGCUCGGAUACUUGGGACCUCACGUCUCCAAGUCCUUUUUGCAACUCCUCUCGACUUUGGGGAAGCCAUUUGAGUUGGCAGAAGAUGUUAAAACGACCUGGAGAUUCUUCUCGGCGAUAUUGAGGAAUCGGCAGCAGUGGAUGUCCAACUGUCUUCUCACAGGACAAACCCCACGAGAAGCAAUGAACAAGGACAAGAAAAAUGCCGAACUCUCUGCGAACUCGGUCUUCGCAAAGGCUCUGGUCAAACUCGGGAAACUGAAAGACAUUGACUCAGGCGAAGCCCUGAUGGUCCUUGACUUUGUGGCAUCUGCCCAAAACUUCUGGCCCUGGACCGUUUUUACUCUUCAAAAGGACACUGUGUAUUUGGAUGGCUUGCGAGCCUACAUUCGCGACCUCAAGUCAUCGCACAUCACUCUCAAGACCGAUGCAGUUCGUGCGAGCGUUGAGGCAAGAUUGGCUGCCUACAUUGCGGAAACGUUUGCGAUGCAGCUGUAUCAUUCGCGACACCUGGGCAAUUCGAGCAACUUAGCAAAAAGUCUUGUUAGCGAUCUUGACUAUUUUCUGCGCGAUGGCGUCGAAGUUGCAGGGUACAAUAAGUCCCUACACAACAACUUUACCAAGAACUUUUCCAACAAGUACUCGGGAUGCCCUGUGAAUGACUUUAAGCGAACCCUUCUUGAGCCCCGAGAGUUGGGUAAGAGCUACUAUUACGACUUGGAGCGUGCCGACGAGAUGCUCAGAUUCGACCCCGGGUGGAUUGGGCGAAAGGACAAUGGAUUCAAAAUGGAGAUGGAACUUGCAAACACGAACCUAUCCUUGGUCGAUGCUCAGAUCGCGCUCUUCCACGCAUGGGAAUUCCUCCUCGUUGAGCUUAGCACUUGUCUCCCAGAUGACGAUACCGUUGCAAAGCAAAUGCUGCAGGUCUCACAACAAUGCUUGAAUGCCAACCAAGGAAUCCCUGGACCGGAGAGCAUUUUCCUGAAGCUCGUUGACGCCAGAGCUAACCUCGCGCUGGUGUUGGUUCAACGAUCCGUCAAGACUUCGGCUCCAGUCAAGGACAUCAACCGACUCCUGUCAACCUUGAUCGGCACCAUGAAUGGCGUCGAAGAGCCAUUUGGCCAAGAAUCCAUUGCUUAUUAUCGCACCUUGCUGAAGUCGCUCUUCGUCACUCUCCGCGCAUACCAUGUCCACGGCAACAGAGCGACACCUGACUCUCAGGAUGGCAUGGAGGGAACAUCUGUUACAGUGGUCCAGACCGUGUUGAACAUCCUUGACCGCGUGGUCGGGAGAGGAUUCCGUACACUGGUCAGCCUGAUCCAUGACAAUGAAGCUACCGUGUCCCCAGAGGAUCUCGCACUUUUGACGGCUAUCUUGCAAGCGUGCUUGAGCGUCCCCGGCCUUGAUCAGUCACAGACCCAGGUCCUCAAUAUCAUGGCCGAGCACCAGGUGAUGAAUGCCGCGACGUCGCUCUACUCAUGGUCGGAUCGACUCGCUGACCAAGGAGACCCUAUCUAUGGCGAGCUCAGCAUUCUUUUCCUGCUUGAGCUCUCGACGCUUCCACUGGUGGCUGAACAGAUGGCGUGCGAUGGUAUUCUGAGCAACAUCCUCUCGGCCAACCUGACCAAGUUCAUGCUCAAGUCCAAUAUUUCGCCCUACUCCGAUGCUCCCGUGGCACAGCGUUGCUAUGGAAUCUGGGCCAAAGGACUGCUCCCCCUGAUGCUGAACCUGUUGACCGCCCUGGGGGCUACUGUUGCACCUGAGAUUUCCUAUGUGCUCAACCAGUUCCCUCACCUGCUGGAGUCGAGCGUGGAUCGUUUCGAGGCGCCAGGGGCCAGCCGGACCCAGUCGCGAUCGUCGCCUCAUUACCUGACGCUCUUAGCGAUAUCAGAAGUGCACUCGCUGGCCUUGCUGACACGAGUGGUCGAAGCUCUCCGGCUCAACAACAACCGAGACAUCCCAGCGGUAGAAUGGGAUGCCGCCAGCCUGUUGGAGAACGUCGACUUUUGGCUCUCGACCAAGAAGUUGCUGAAGGAGCGGCUCAUGCCCUUGGGCCAACGUGAGGUAGACUGGCGGGGGAUGAAAGCCAGCAUUGCCGGAUGCGACAAUCUUUUGGAAGAGAAGGCAGUGGCUCAGUUGGAUGCUGUUCGGGACGUGCUGAGCGAGGACUCUGAAGUUUGAGGAAUGGUGCUAGAUGGAUGGGAAUGGUAGCAAUGGGUGGAGAUGUAAAUUAACUUGGAACCAUAAGGUCAAGGGCGUUGGACACCGGGCCGCGAUGUGAAUUGUGGGGAGACAACUGUGCGAUACAGAAAAGCAAAGAAAGAAAGAGCAAAGGAAGCACCAUGUGUCUCAUCAUCAUAAUAGGAUAGUUUUCAUGAAUGCCGUUUCCACAAGCGUUUCAUGGUUCAAGAACUGAAAAUUGGAGGGAGAGUU